AUGGCAACACAGAAGGAGAAGCGUUCCAUCCUCAUCACCGGCUGUUCUGACGGCGGUCUUGGUGCUGCGCUUGCAGUCGCCUUUCAUGAAGCCGGCUAUCACGUCUAUGCCACGGCGAGAAAUGUCGACAAAAUGAAGCAGCUCACGGCUCAGGGGAUCGAAACCUUGGAGCUUGAUGUUCAAUCGGAGUCUUCGAUCAAAGAGUGUCUGGGCAAGAUUCCGCGCCUCGACAUCCUGCUGAACAACGCGGGCACUAUGCUCACGAUGCCCGUCGUCGACACCUCGAUCGAGAAAGCAAAAGAGCUGUUCGAGACCAAUGUGUGGGGCCCACUUCGCAUGAUACAGGCGUUUGUUCCUUUGCUCCUGGAAUCAAAGGGUAUGAUUGUGAACAACACCUCGAUAGGCGCUUUUCUGGCGGCCCCGUUCGGUGGCGCAUAUAGUGCCUCCAAGGCCGCUCUCGCCAUGUUCACGGAAACGCUCCGUAUCGAAAUGGAGGCGUUUGACAUCAAGGUCGUUGACAUGAGGACCGGCACAGUGGGCCCUACCAACCUGCUCAAGAACAACACCUCGCUACAGGGCUCUAGGUCAGACCCCAUUCUGCCGAAGGGUUCGAUCUACGAACCUGCGAGAGAACUCGUGGAGAGCGUGAUUCGUCGAGAUGGCUUCAAGAGAACCGGCAUGAACCCUGCUCUCUGGGCGAAGGAGGUUGUGCAGGACCUGUCCAAGAGCAAGCCGCCUGCCGUGAUCUGGCGCGGACAGAGCGCUGCCACGGCGUGGUACGCUUCCAUGCUGCCGCACGGCUUCCUGGAUGGAUUCAUCAAGAAGUUGACGCAGUACAGCAAGAUUGAAGAGAUUAUAAGGGCUGCGAGGAACUAA